AACAACUUUAAACUCAUGGGACCUUGAUUUAGGAUUCUAUAAAGAUAGUAGGUUCUGCUAAUUCUCAUUCCACUUUUUCAUCUAAGCUGAUGCUGAAAAAAAUAAAAUGAUCUGCAGAAUGAUGAAGAUCCCAAAAUCCAAUGCAUGGAACUUUUACAUCACAGCCAUAUUUUACCUAACUCUGUUUCACAUCUUCAUUACCUCCGUUCAUGGGGUCAUUUGUCCUGAACCUAAAGUGUUUAAUGGAGAAAUCAAAGAGGGAACACCAUCCUCCUUCCAUGAGGGUUUAGAAAGGGGAUACAAAGUGAUGGAUUUAGUGAAAGUGGAAUGCAAUACUUUUUACAGUUUAAAAGGAGCAGAUACAAUAGUUUGUGGCUAUGACUUGAAGUGGCAUCCCAGCAUUCCCAUCUGUCAGAGUUGGUUUGACUGCCCAUAUCCAGCUAUUGAGAAUGGCUACAUUGUUCUGAAGAAUGAUGAAGAAUAUAUUCCUGAACGUGUUGGACAUGGCUUUGGCUGGAGGCACACUGUACACUUACAGUGCGAGUCUGACUUUGUAAUGCAAGGGAAAAACAGCAGUGUGUGUUCUUUUUACAGGAAAUGGAAACCUGACCUGCCAAAGUGUAUUUCUGCUGCUGGAGAAUAACGUUAAUAGGACUGAAUGAUGAUUGCAGAGUGAUUGCAGAGUCAUCUUUCUAAGCCCAGGCAAUGGAAUCCUGAAUUCUGUGUAAUUUGUAUUCAGAAGACAUGAAGACACUUGCUGUCCAAUGACUCAUUGUUUAGAUUCUUUGUUGGAUAAAUAAAAAAAUAAAAAAAUACAGAUAUACUAA